GGCUGGUUCGAAAAAUCCAAGGAGAUUAUUCUCAAUCUAGGAAAUUCAAAAGAUGAAGCAGUAAUAAAUAUGAUAGAAGACUUAUUUGAUCUUUUCAUGGCCAUUCAUGACAUCAGUGAUGAAGGUAAAAGGCAAAUAGUGGAAAGUUUUGUACCUCGAAUCUGUGUCAUGGUUAUAGACUCAAGAGUGAAUAUUUGUAUUCAGCAAGAGACUCUAAAAAAAAUGAAUGCUAUGCUCGACAAAAUGCCUCAAGAUGCCAGGAAAAUACUCUCUAACCAAGAAAUGUUCAUUCUCAUGAGUAGUAUGGGAGAAAGGAUUUUAGAUGCUGGAGAUUAUGACUUACAAGUAGGUAUCGUGGAAGCACUAUGUCGAAUGACUACAGAGAAGCAAAGGCGAGAGCUGGCGUGUCGGUGGUUUUCCAUGGAUUUUGUGGCUAAUGCAUUUAAAGGAAUUAAAGACUCUGAAUUUGAAACAGAUUGCAGAGUAUUUCUCAACCUUGUAAAUGGCAUGCUUGGAGACAAGAGAAGGGUCUUUACAUUUCCUUGUUUAUCAGCAUUUCUUGAUAAAUAUGAGUUGAAAAUACCUUCAGAUGAAAAGCUUGAGGAAUUCUGGAUCGAUUUUAAUCUUGGUAGCCAGAGUCUGUCAUUCUACAUUGCUGGAGAUAAUGACGAUCAUCAGUGGGAAGCAGUGACUGUGCCUGAGGGGAAAGUGCAGACAUACAGCAUUGAAGUGAGAGAAUCAAAGAAGCUACUGACUAUAAUCUUGAAAAAUAUAAUAAAAAUUAGUAAAAAAGAAGGGAAAGAAUUGCUUUUGUAUUUUGAUGCAUCUUUGGAAAUUGCUAGUGUGACACAAAAAAUUUUUGGUGCAAACAAAUACAGGGAAUUUACCAGAAAACAAGGGAUUUCAGUUGCCAAAACAUCUGUGCAUAUACUGUUUGAUGCGCAUGGCUCGCAGAUUCUGGUGCCAGAAAGUCAAAUCUCACCCAUGGAUGAGGAACUCAUUAGUUUGAAAGAAAAACCUAACUCCCAAAAGGAAUUUGCUAAACCUCUGAAAGGUAUCAAAAACAGUACUCAAGGGAGCAGCAAGACUAGUCAGCCUGAGAUAACUACUCCUAGCAAAAGAAAAAUGUCUGAAGCAUCAAUGAUUGUUCCUGGUACAGAUAGAUACACGGUGAGAAGUCCAGUGCUUUUAACCAACACACCAACACCACGAAGAAGAAGAAUUAAACCACCGCUGCACAUGAUGAGUUCUGCAGAAAAACCUGAUAUUCCUAAAACACCCAGAAGUGGGGUGGACAGUGUGGAACCCCAUGCCUCCAGACCAUCUGAAGGAAGAAGGAGUAGAGACGAUACAGACAAACAAGUCAACGCAGCUAAAGUUGCAGAGAAGACAGAAAAUGACACUGAGUUCCCAAACCAAAAUUUUAAUGAACUGCAGGAUACUGUUCCUGAUUCGCAGACAGUGAGAAAAAUAGAUCAAUCUGUGUCAUCUGGUGUUUUGGACGACAUAUGUGGAAAUAAAAUGAACUCCAAGUGGUCAUGUUGGGCACCUGUGACAAAUAUUACUCUCUGUAAUAACAGAAGAGCAGGUGACACAUCCAAUCAAGAUAUUGUUAUCAACAAAAAACUUACUACACAAAAAUCAUCCUCUUCAAUAUCUGAUGAUUGUGAAGAAACAGAAAAGGUGCAAUAUAAGAAAAAGACAAUGCACCAUAACGAAAUAGAUACAGUAGAAGAAGGAGUUUGCGAAGGAGACAAUCAGCAACAACUAAAUCAUCCUCAACUUUCAGAGCAGAAAAAUAUUGAAAAUACCAAGCAAAAUGAUUGGCGUAUUGAAUCUGAAACGACUCUUAAAUCAGUUCUCCUAAAUAAGACGGUUGAAGAAUCCCUGAUCUACAGGAAGAAGUACAUACUGUCUAAAGAUGUGAAGACUGCUGUUUGUGACAAAAGCCCUUCUCCUGGAAAAAAUAUGAAAAGUCAUAGAAAAUCAGGGAAAAGAUUAACAUCUAAAUUUAAUUCCUGGGAUCUGGAACCAAAAAAAAUGAGAGAAAAGUCAAAAGAGAAAGGAUUUACUGAUGCAGCGGAAUCCUUGAUAAACCAACUCAAUAAGAGAUACAAACCAAAGGAUGACAUGAAGUCUACAAGGAAAUUCAAGGAGUCUUUGAAUGACGGUGGUUUUUCAAGCAAAUCUGAUCUACAGCUCAGUAAGGAAAAAGUUCAGAAAAAAAGUUACAGACAACUGAAGACCACUUUCGUUAAUGUUACUUCUGAAUGCCCACUGAAUGAUGUUUACAAUUUUAAUUUGAAUGGAGCUGAUGAGCCUGUUAUAAAACUUGGAAUCCAGGAAUUUCAAGCUACAGCUACAGAAGCCUGUGUGGAUAAUUCAAUAAAAUUGAUAGGUUUGAGGAAUCAUGAUGAACUUGAACCUUCUCUCAAAACGAAAGAUAAAAGAAUCGUAGCACAUCAUAAAAGGAAGAAUCUCUUCAGUGACAGUGACACAGAACGCAAGACCGAUAUCAGCUGGCUGAAAGGACCAAAACCCAAACCACCGCUCGUGGACUACAGCAGGGACAGGAAUGCGAAGAAACGGAAAAGUGGCCAAUCAAGACCAUCUUUGGAAAGGGGACAAUCAAAAUCUAAAAUGACAUCCAACAAAAAUACCACCAAAAAGGUAGAGGAGACAGUUCCAUAUGGAAGAACCAGACUUCCACGAAGAGCGACAAAAACCAAAAAAAAUUAUAAAGAUCUCUCAAAUUCAGAAUCAGAGAGUGAACAAGAAUUUUCACAUUCAUUUAAAGAGAAAUUGCUAGUAAAGGAGGAGAAUAUACAUUCUAGAAGGAAAACCAGAAAGCUACCAAAGAAACAGAAGAAAGCCUUCUCUGCGGAAACACAGAAGGAUAUAUCAAAAGAAUGGAAAAAUUCAUCUCUACUAAAAGACGCUGUAGGAGAUCGUAGCCUCGGCGUGUCUCCUGCAUCUCUGUCUGGCAGCGCAUCAUCUAUCGAAGUCAUGAGAGGCAAUGCAGGCAUAGAGGAAGUAACGGAGAAGCGUUUUGCUCAGGAUUAUGACUGCGUAACAAAAUCUGUAUCACCUUAUUUGAAAACUUCAUCACCUGAGUCUUUAAACAGCACAUAUGGAAGUUCAAUAAAGUCACCUGAAAACAAUGACAAAAAUUUAUGUGCAAGAGAACGUUGCUCACCAAUUCCACGAUCCUGCUCGUUGGGAAAUCCUUCAGCAUCUCCACUCUCUAUGUCUAGUGAAGGAAGAGAGCAAAUACGGUGUGACAUUCCUUGUGACUCAACUCAUAUAUCAGGCCCCAUACCGCGUCUUAGUCGCAAACCAAGGUACAUAGAAGAAGACGAUCUAAGUGAUGCUGAUGUAGUAGAACUGGAGGAGGAGGAGGAAGGGGGAGGCUACUUACUUCCCAGAACACUCUCGAGAACCGAAGAGACAGAUAAUCACACUUACAGAGUAUCUGAAAGUAUAUCUCCGUUAUCCACAAAUGACUUGUCUCCUCCUGCGGAGAGCUGGGAAAGUGAAAUUUCAGAUACGGGGAUGAUGCGUGAGAAGCUCAAUACAGAAUUUAGGAAGGAAUUUCCUAACUGCCAAAAAUCAAUGGAAUAUUUUAUAAAGCAGUCUUGGCAAACAACUCGACGACAUCUGAACGCAGUGAACCGUCAGAUUCAGGAAUACAGGAUCAAAAAACUUGAUAAAUUCCAAUUCGUCAUCAUAGAGGAGCUGGAGAAUUUUGAAAAAGAUUCGCAGUCUUUAAAAGACUUGGAGAAGGAAUUUGUGGAUUUUGGGGAGAAGCUAUUUCAGAAGUUCAGUGCCUAUCAAAAGAGUGAGCGGCAGAGGCUUCGCCACCUGAAAACGUCACUGGCCAAAAACGUCUUCUACAACCCUGACCAUGAAGACACUAUUUUUAAGUCUCAGAUGUGCUCGCUGAAGGAGGACAUGAGGGCGCUGCAGGAAGGGCUCCUGAAGGAUGUGCAAGAAGAGGAGCUCCUUAAGGUACGCCGAGGACUGCUGUCAUUAUUCAUGGCUCACGAAAGAAACCUUCCCGUGUGACGCCCAGGUGUCGUCAGGGCGCUGUGGCAGGAAGCACCCGGCAGCUCUACAAACCACACUGUCGUUGGAGCCUCCACGUCCGAAGAAAUGUAGCCUCAUGGAUGAGAAAGAGCCACUCUCAAAAGCCUAGUACUAUGCAGACCAUUCUAUUUUUAGGGAGAAGUUUGGAGGAAGUCAAAUAGUAAAGGAAUUUUGCUUUUUUCUUUAGUACAAUUUUUGUUAGACAAAUGUCACUGAGUUAACUAUACUCACAAAACUAGUUUCUCUAAUAAACUAAAAUUUAUCAUAAAAUGUAUUUUUAAAUGAAUGCAGUUUGACUAAAUAUAAGGUAUUACUAGUUCAGAAUAUGUUACAUAUGAUACAAAUCUAGCCCUGCUGAGAAGGGAGAGACCCUCUGAUGUGAACUGCUGGCCGGCGUGGGGGCGGCGCCUUCAGCGCCCUGCUGGGCUGGGGCAUGUGGCUACUCACUUCGGGGCCAGGAUCAGAAAUGUUUCCUAAACAUUUUCAUUCUAGGUAGAUAUCUUAACUGCUAAGCAUGCUGUUUUGACAAGUACUUUUUAAGCUCUAACUGUUCACUGUAAUAUUUUGCUGGAAUAUAAAAAUACACAUUUAAUUGUAUAAUAAAGUUGAAAUGCUAUGUCACUUGGAUAA